UAUGUCCAGCCUUUGGUAAUACCAGAAGACUUGCAGUCAAAACGUAAAUUUGGUUAGAAUUAUUAAAGAUAUGGAGAUCAAUUGUAUUGAUUUCGGGAAAGCUUAAACUUUUCAUCUUACUGAAGAACAAAGGUUUAUUUUUGGAAGUUCGAAAUUCAUCACUAAAGAAGAGAGAAUGAACAAAGAAGAAGAAGAAGAGGAGGAGGAGGAGGAGGAAGAAGAGAAAUGGAUUAAUCAUUACUCAAAUUCACAGAGAAUAUUAUUAGUAGGUGAAGGAGAUUUUUCGUUUUCACUAUGCUUAGCUAAAGCUUUUGGUGAUGCAACAAACAUGGUUUCUACAUCCAUAGAUACUCAAGAUAGUCUAGCAAAGAAGUACAGUCAUGCAAUUGGGAAUGUUAGAGAGUUGGAAGAGAAAGGGUGUUUAGUGUUGCUUGGAGUGGAUGCAACUCAGAUGAGCCAACACUUCUUUCUAAAAACUCAGAGAUUUGAUCGAAUCGUUUACAACUUCCCUCAUGUGGGUUUUCUCCAUCGUGAAAAUAGUUAUUGCCAAAUUCAGUUGAAUAAAGGAUUGGUGAAGAAAUUCUUGAAAGGCGCCAAAGAGUUGAUGCAGAAGACAGGAGAAAUACAUGUGACUCACAAGAAGGGUGAACCGUAUGACAAAUGGGAGAUAGAGAAGAAGGCAGCGAAGAUUGGCCUGGCUUUACAUGAGAGUGUACCUUUCAAGAAACAAGACUAUCCUGGUUAUGCCAACAAGAGAGCUCAUGGUAACAAUUCUAACUUACCUUUUGCUCUUGGGGAAGCCAAUACCUUCAAAUUUACGCUCAAAUCACGUGUCACUGGUUAAAUGACUCGUAUGCACUUGAAUGUUUUUCUUAAUAGUUCAUUUUUCCUAUUAUAUGGACAUUAUGGCGUGGCUAGACACUAAGUCUGUAUAAUAUUACAAUUGCUUCCUGUCCAAUGCAAAAUGCGGUUAGCUCGUUACUCUAUAUGUCUUGCAAGGCUUUUGCUAUGGGGAGCAAUAAGUCUAACUGGGUUUGUCAAAUUGGGUUCAAACUUGAUUUCUGGAAGGGGCCAUCAAAACUAGCAAAAAAAUAACUGAUUAUCUGUGUUUUUAGACUG